AUGCCCGACAACACCAGCUCCAAUUUCCAGGUAGAUGCUACCAAGUACAGCAGCUCCAAGACUGUGGACCCUGAAACUGCCUCUAUAGCUACCGUUUCCUCUUCUACACCACUUGUCAAGAAGCAAGAAAAGAAGCAAACGGGCGGGACAGAAAUCGACGUCAAAAAGCUCCAGGAGCAGGCCCUCAAGUCACAAAUCCGAUUCAGUUUGUAG